AUGGCCCAGCUGCAAUGGUUUUCUGAAAGCGAUCGGAAGUCGAUUGAUGCAGCAAUUCGACAGAAAGACUUCGAUGGUCUGGAGGGCUCCGCUCACAACAAGAUAUCUUUCAUCAACGAGGGAUUUUCUCGCGCUGGGAGGCGUGCUAAGGCGUUCAAGCCCAUUCUGCAGAAUCUUUGGUACCUCUACUACCAAGUGGCCAAAAAUGUUCCCUGUUCAAGUCCCGAACAAGAUAAAUGGGUUCUGCAUAUUCUUCAGGUUCAAGGGCAAGGGAAUUUGACACGCCAAGCACAGAGCAGCCAUAAUGUUGACGACGGCGAUAGCAGCAUCAACAAGCUUGAGACUGCCACAACAUCCGCUGGCAUUAUUUGGGAGGACCUGCCCUUCUUCACUGCGGACAUGACGGACUUCUGGGUGAAGGAUUGUGCAACUAUGAGUGCUAUCCAACGCGUUAAUUUCUCCCACUUUCUUGCUAAGCUCGCGUCCACCGGGGUAGACGAUAAUCUAUGCGGAAUCGCCCUGUUGGUUUUUAAUGACGCUUUUGAAACUGUUCGUUCACUGGGCAGCCUCGCCGAUCAGAGUAACGAGAAUCCCCACAGGGCUUUACAUGACCUCACGAUUGCCGCUUUACUUCCGGCCGCACAGGCUUGGCUGCAUAGCGCGAGUUACAAAAUCAUCCAACUCUCAGACAAAUUGUGGAACAACCUCGCUGCCGUCCGGCAGGACGAAACUACCUUCACCCAAUCGGAGCUAGGUCGCAGAUCAUCAGCGGCAUUUAGUCCCUGGCGAUGGAUGUAUUGGUUGAAAAGACUAGAGGAGAUCAAAGAAGAAGCAAAACGAGCGGGCGAAGACACUCUUGCUAAGAGUGUCUUGGAUACUGUUGAAAUGUAUGUCAAUUGGCUCUUAUCACUACCAAUUACAUAG